AUGCUGUUGGCUGUCCUGAGCGUCUUCUCCUUCUUUCUAUCACCGGAAGAGACGGAGAAAGUCUCACUCGCCAUCACCAUCCUUCUGUCGUUCACCGUGUUUCUCAGUGUCAUUGACAACGACCUGCCUCAAACGUCAGACCACAUUUCUCUACUAGUUGUGUACAUCGUAUUCCUGCUUGUGUUCUCCUUCCUUGCUGUCGCCGGAAAUGCCCUGGUUAUAAUCGUCCAUAGACGGGACAAAAAGAAAAAUGUUGAGGGCAGAGCUGCUGAAGUUGAAGACAACAAACAAGGGGAGUUAACCGCAAGUUUGACAGACAAGAAUGCACAUAAUUGUUUGGAUUACAACAACGUAGAGUUCAUUCCUCCUGCUCAACGUAGGAGUAUCACAGGCCAAGUCCUUGGACAAGGCACCAUAGCCUUUAAGCUGAACAGAUUUUUCCUGCUUCUUAAUAUUUUCUUAUUAAUUCUCGUCUCUGUUGUGAUAGCUUGGCUUAUGUUUUCAUAG